AUGGUAAUCUUCCAGGAUAUGAUUGAGGAGUCUAUGGAGGUUUUCAUGGAUGAUUUCUUAGUGUUCGGUAACUCUUUCUCACACUGCUUGUCUAAUUUAGAGCGCAUGCUUGCACGAUGUGUUGAGCCAAAUUUGGUUCUUAAUUGGGAAAAAUGUCAUUUUAUGGUGACAGAGGGUAUUGUGUUAGGGCACAAGCUUUCACAUGCGAGGAUGGAGGUAGAUAGAGCUAAGGUAGAGACCAUAUCAAAAUUGGCACCCCCUAGUUCUAUUCAGGCUGAUUUUGAGUUAUUAAAGAAGUUACUAAACACAGCUCCUAUCAUGGUUUCACCUGAUUGGGGGCUGCCCUUUGAACUCAUUUGCGAUGUUAGUGACUAUGCAGUUGGAGCUGUUCUUGGACAGCGGGUUGAGAAGAAGUUUCAGCCUAUCUAUUAUGCUAGCAAGACGUUGACAGAUGACCAAGAGCACUAUACCACCACUGAGAAUGAGCUAUUAGUUGUGGAGUUUAAAAUAGAAAUCAAGGAUAAAAAGGGCAUUGAGAACUUGGCAGUGGAUCACUUAUCGAGGUUGGAGAACCCGAGCUUGGCGGCACUUGAUGAGAGGGCCAUUGAUGAUAGUUUCCAUAUGAGUAUUUGUAUCAAGCGAUUCGAUGAUGUGUAUAUGGGGAGGAAACUCUCAAAAUCUUUAAGCAUUGCCAUGAGGGACCAACUAGAGGCCAUCAGGCGGCCAAUCAUACGGCUAAGAAGGUGUUGGAUGCAGGAUUCUACUGGCCUACAAUCUUUCAAGAUGCGAGAACCUUUGUCCAGGUUUGUGAUGCAUGCCAGUGGUCAGUACAUACUUGUGGUUGUUGAGUAUUUUUCUAAAUGGCCAGAGGUGCAAGCCUUCCCCACUAAUGAUGCCAAGGUAGUUGCUAGGUUCCUCAAGAAAUUAUUUGCUAGGUUUGGUACACCUAAAGCAUUGAUUAAUGACAAGGGGACCCAUUUUUGUAAUACCCAACUAGGGAAAGUGCUUAAAUGCUAUGGGGUCACACACUGGUUCUCUACACCCUAUCACCCACAAAUAAGUGGGCAAGUGAAGGUAACUAAUAGGGAUCUAAAACGCAUUCUAGAGAGAACCGUGGGGACUAGUAGGAAGGAUUGGGCUGCUAAGUUAGAUGAUGCACUAUGGGCUUUUAGAACAGCUUAUAGGACUUCUAUUAGUUUUACACCAUAUAGGCCAGUUUAUGGUAAGACGUGUCAUCUACCUGUUGAAUUGGAACACAGGGCCCUUUGGGCUUUGAAAUCAUGCAAUUUUAGUGUUGAUUCUACAAUGGCAGCUGGAUGA